AAUGGCGGUGGAAGACGUCACGGAGGCCAUGCUGGAGAACACGGAUCUUGGAGUCGACGGAUGGGCGUGCAAAGGCUUGGAUGUCAACGCGCGAGGCCCGAUUGGCGCAGCCGUGUACCGAGCUUUCAUCAAGCACCCGGACAUGCGGGAGUGCUACAAGUGGCUCUUUGACGACCUGAAGCGCAAAUUCCGGACAAGCUGGGCGAUGCAGCGGAACUUCGACUUUGUUUGCCACAAGCGCAUCCAUGAGAAGCGGGAGAGCACCAAGCACUCAGAGAUCGGCAGCUUCAAAAGUGAACUCCAGCUGCAGGCGCACUUGGGCGGCGUGGCUGUGCCGGAAGCUGUGCGGCAAGCGGCGUGCUACAUCAAGAACUGCGAGAAGUGGCCGGAUGUCUUCGUGCGGUGGAACAGCUGGACGGAGGCGCACAACUACUUGCUGGUGGAGAGGCUGAUCACCAGCACCUCGGAGGAGGCUUGGAAGGAUGUUGUGGCGAUGCAUGACUCAUCUGGAACUUUCGAGACCGAGAGCUACAAGUGCAAGGCCAUCCGCAAGCACGCGGCCUUCCACCGCAAGGAGUGCGGAGAGAAGGCGAAGCGAGGAAGCCGGCGAGCUAACGCAAAGGGCAGCGCGAAGCCAAAGGCCAAGAAGGAGCUCAGCCAGGAGAAGGAGGCAGAGAACACCGCCAAGGAUAUCAUCUGCAAGGUCCAGAAGUCGCAGCAGAUCAUGGAGAAGAUCUUGCAGCUUGGCGAUGAUUUGCCUUCCGAGUGGAGGUGGGCCAAAUCCUUCCUCGUGGACUACAAGGAGCUGACGCAGUCCUUCAAGGAUGUCCUUACCCCUAAGGACGGCGACAGUUUGAUCGACUUCGUGAACGAACUCAAGCUCACCCUGAUCAGCCCGCAGGCGAUGAAAGGCUUCAAGAAGCAGUACGGCGACCGCUACGCGCCGCUGUUGCUGUUGUUCAACGAUCGCUCCCAAAAUAUUGCGAGCCAGAUCCUUGCUGGUGGCCUGGGUGUCCAAGAUUUGGCAGUGCACCCCAGCCAGGCUGUAAAACACGGAAGUGAACACAUUAAGAAUGCCGCGGGCAAGAUCUACCCCGAGCCCAAUUUGACCAGAGUCUUCACGCCCAUGUACGUCAAAAGAGAAACACGUCGCGUUGAGCAGGACAUCCCUGUUUACUUGCCCUCCCAGGCCUUCAAAGACUACGUCGAUGACCUCGCUGCCCAAACCUGGGCAAACAUGCCGCGGCUUGUCGGCGACAUUGGCAUCUACAAGAACCACCCCGUUGUCGUCCAAGCAGAACUGGAAAGCAAUCAGAUCACGGUUCGCCCCAUUGCGCUCUAUUGGGAUGGAGUUCAGUACACCAACCACGAUUCCUUCAUGGGUUUUUAUGUCACCGACAUCCUUUCUGGGCAGAAGUUUUUAUCCUUUCUUGUCCGCAGUGAUGAGAUGUGCAGCUGUGGCUGUCGAGGCUGGUGCACGCUGCACCCUCUUCUUCUCGCCUGGGUGGAGGAUCUCAAAAGAUUGGAGGAGGGUUACCCUGUUCGCUAUGCCGUGAUCGACAUCCAAGGGGACUGGCCUGCAUUUUUGCAAGUGUUCGGCUUGCGCUAUUGGGCGCACAAGACCCACCCCUGCCCUCUUUGCAGGGUCACACUGCCCGAAAUGCUAGAGAUUGACGUGGACAACAUUACCGUCGAUAACCUUCUGUCUCCGUUGUACCAAACAGAAGACUAUGCCAAAGAUGUUGCCAACAGCACAAAGGUGUUGGUCGUCCAGGAUGCGGCAGUGCAGUCUUUGCUUUUUCGGAAUUUGGAAUAUCGAGAACGCCUUCGGGGGAGAGUCCUUGUGAGAGCCUUUCCAGAACUGGGGUUGCCAAAGCACGCGCGGCUACUACCCUCGCAAGCUUUGCCCGACGUUGGCAAGUUUGAGUUUACCCCGACCCCUUUCCCAGCGACUUUUUGGACGGCGUCAGCAGACGCCAGGCUUACCCACGACUGCCCAUUGCUGGCGCUUUCUGGUGUUGGGCUGGAGUCAUUCAGUUUGGACAUCAUGCACACUUGGCAUCUGGGCCCCUUACAGUUGCUGGUGUCGCUGUGCAUCAACUUUUUUUUGGAUACGGGGCUGUGGGCUCCUGCAAACAGUGGUGGACGCGUGGAUGCAAGUGACAAGAAAAAAGUCGCUCUUCUGGCCAUCAAAGCAGAACUUUUUCAAUGGUACAAGGAACAACGAAAGGAUGCAGAUUGGAGGGCUCGGGGAACGGAAGCUUCUUGUCUGAAACUUGUUGGGCCCCAAACGCAAAGUUGUCCUGCCAACUUGCAACUAAACCGACUUAGGUUUGGAACCUCACGGUCGGCAUGA